AUGGCGCGUGGACCUUCUAUUGUCGUUGGUCUUGAUUUCGGUACAACGUUCAGUGGGUAUGCAGAGAUGGUCCUCUUCCAUUAUGGUGGAGGCAACAGAACCUCCGUUAAAGUCCCAUCUGUUAUAUCUUAUGAUGGUCAGAGAACAUAUUGGGGGUAUCAGGUCCGUCCGUUUACAGAAGCCUUUCGAGGUGUCAAGUUAUUGCUUGACGAGAGCCAGGAAACCAAGUAUACACCCUCUUUGGCUUCAAAGGUGCUCUUGGGAAAACGUAAAACGAACGCGGUGCAAGUGGUGGCAGACUACUUAAAGUACCUUGUUGAAUAUGCUAAGUCGGUCCUUCAAAGACGAUUUGGUAUUCCCGCUAAAGAUAUGGACUUGCGAUUUACACUCACCGUCCCGGCUGUCUGGUCUGAUACGGCCAAAGAUAGGACUCUGAAUGCCGCAAUACAAGCAGACAUCCGGCCCCAGGAUAUUACUCUAGUUUCCGAGCCGGAAGCCGCCGCUCUUUACACAUUGCGCUCCAUCCAAAGCAACUCAAUGGCGCAAAAUGACGUAUUCAUCGUUUGCGAUGCUGGAGGGGGCACAGUGGUAAGGCGACAUCUUAUCUAUCAUAAUACCUAUGCUAAAAAGAGGCAGGAUUUGAUUUCAUAUCAAAUCAAAACCCUUGAGCCCCUCGCUCUGGUAGAGGUGACUGAAGGAACAGGGCGCAUCUGUGGAUCAAUGCUUCUAGAUCAGAGGUUUGAGAAACUUCUCCGAGAUAGAAUGAGUGUGAACUACGCCACACUGUCAAGCAAGUCCAAAGAAGCCGCGCUAUCUUACUGGCAAGACCGAGUGAAGCCUAACUACACUGGAAAAUAUGACAAUGAUUAUGCAGAUGUUGACUACUUCAUUCCUCUUCCGGGAGUUGCCGACAAUCCCAAGAUUCCGAUUGAAGAUGGGUUUUUUCAACUCAGUAGUGACGACGUUGAAGAUAUCUUUGAGCCCAUCGUUCAUGACGUCGAGGAGCUUAUUGCAGAGCAGGUGGCAGGCAUAACGAAACUCGGAUUUGUUACUAAGGCCAUCGUUCUUGUUGGCGGGUUCGGCUCUUCUAUUUACCUUCUUCACCGUUUGCAAAAGAAGAACCCAACUGUCCAACAAGCCCAAUACACAAUUAAACUACUUGCUGACGUAUCCAGAUGGUCCGCGGUUGUAAGCGGUGCUGUUUAUCGUGGACUAGAGGGCAAUCAAGUUGAGUGCCGGGUUGCCCGUCGACAUUACGGGAUUGAAUAUUCAGCAGGGUACAUUCCAUAUACCCAUAAUGCCGAAGACGCAUAUUGGGAUCCAUUAGAGGAAAGGUACAAGGCCAAUCGGAUGACUUGGUAUAUCCAAAAGGUGCCGGCAGCAUUUCUUACACUCUUGCGGUAUCGAGUACACACUGACCAAAGGUAUCAAGUCCUCUAA